AGCUGGGCUCGAAUGGGAAUCGGAUUUAGCACCUGCCUUUGAAGCCAAUGCAGUCAUUUCGCCUGCUGGCAAGGCGCUCGGCGGGCCUGCAGCCACGGCUGGCAGGAUUCCAAGGAUUCCAACAAUGGGGCGGCUGCGGCAGCUGUGCGCUGCGCGCCAAGGCAACCCUGGCUGCUGAGGAAGCAGCCAAGACUGCCCAGAGCCGCUGGUCCUAUGUAGCCUUUGCGAAGGCGUUUCCCUUCACGAACAACCUCAUCAUCGCAACAAUGAAGACUUCUGCCGCUGAUUUGGUCGCGCAAUGCGUGAUCGAGCGGAAGUCGUUGAAGGAGGUUGAUUGGAAGAGAAACUUGGUCUUCUGCAUGUUCGGCGCGGUCUACCUGGGUGCCUUCCAGUAUUGGUACCAGGUGAAUAUCUUCACGCGGAUGUUCAAGGGAGUCGAGAAGUUCACCACGCAGCCCUUAGCCGCGAAGCUGCGGGACACGGCUGGGCUCAAGGCCCUGGGAGCGCAGACUGCCCUCGACCUGGGCAUGUUGACCUGCGUCUACCUGCCCACCUUCUACGUGUUCAAAGCCAGCGUCUUUAGCGGCACCUGGGACGCCGCCGUUUGGGUGAAGAACGGCAUCGGAAGCUACACAACCAACUGGCAAAAGGACUUCUACGACGUGUUCCGCGUUUGGGGCCCGGCAGACCUCGUUUGCUUCUCGGUGCCCUUGUGGCUCCGCCUGCCCGUGCGCCAUGUGGUCUCCUUUGUGUGGACAGCAUACCUCUCCUUCGCGCGCGGCGCCAACAAAUAGGUGGCCUCAUGCAUGAGUUUUCAUGGGCCGCAGAAAUCGGCCCCUUCCCGUUUUCCACAGUUUUACCUUUCCGUUUUACCCUGUUUUUACGGUUCGACAGGGCUGUCUGAAAAUAGUCAGCAGGAUUGGACAAAGGUGCCAAUGACACUUUCCCGUCCCACGAGCAGAUGCACGUGGUGUGCCGCAGAGCGCGACUGCGAAUGCUGGAAAGGACAAGUUGUGAAGCCUGGUACAGCUGCUGGGUCCCAGGUGUCACGGCGGUAGCCUGAAUCCGGCCAUGUCUCCCCACCAUGAAGCAAUCACGAAUGGCGCAUCAACAGGUCAGGUCGCUCGCACCUCGAAAAGAAACA